ACAGUACACACACAGGUCAUGGCCACUAGUCGUCGAUCCAGGACUAGUUCUGGUCAAAAAAGACUGACUGAUAGAGGGGAUUAUAAAUCAUGGAGCCUACUAGUUUAUAGACAUCUGUCAAAUACAUAUUUUUUUCACAAUAUAAUUCAACUGAAAUUGAAGGAUAAAAUGAAAAAUAUAGGCCAAGCUCAAGACUUGGACCACAUGGUAAUGCCACGUCACAGCACCUGACAGAAAAAGACCCCUGGAAAUCAAGGGAAGUGGCAGUCAACUUUAUUGCAGAACAGCAUCUCCAAAAUGGCAGAGGCUCAGUUUACACAGAUCACAUCAUCAGGGCUAAAUUCCAUCGCAUCACUCAGAGAUCCAUUAACAGACGAGCAGGUGGAGCCCAUGGAGGACACAACGCCCAUCAGUUUCUCCAUCCGGCGUCCCUCCCUGGGUGCCAUACUGGACCUGGCGUACUGGCGCGAGCCCAAGAAGUCGGGCGCGCUGUUCGGCGGCUCCAUGCUGGUGCUGUUUGCCCUGGCCACCUGCAGCGCCAUCAGCGUGGUCUCCUACGUCCUGCUGGCCGUGCUCUGUGUCACCAUCACCUUCCGCGUCUACAAGUCGGUCAUACAGGCCGUGCAGAAGUCCAACGAGGGACACCCAUUCAAAAAACUGAUGGACAGAGACAUCACCAUUUCACCAAAGAAGUUCCGGAGACAUAUGGACUAUGCUCUGACCCACCUCAACAAGUUCCUAUUGGAGGCCAGGAGACUGAUCCUGGUGGAGGAUGUGGUGGAUUCUCUAAAGUUGGCUGGUAUCAUGUACUUCCUGACUUACAUAGGAGCUGUCUUCAAUGGUGUCACUAUCCUUAUUCUUGCUGACAUAAUUUUCUUCACCACACCUAUAUUGUAUGAGAAGAAUAAGGGUGUCAUUGACCGUUACAUCACACUUGCUCGUUCUCAAAUUGAAACCAAGCUGACAAAAUUGCAUGACAAACUACCAGGAUCGGUAAAGCGCAACAAAGCAGAAUGAGUGUCCAUGACAUCCACGUGGACCUGUCAACGCAGGAGUCUCCACAGAAGUCUUUUUAAUCAAAUCAAUGCUUUUAUUUUUUCUAAUAAACCUUUCCUGAACUACCCCAUCUCUGUCCUUGGUGCAGAAGUCCCCACUGAAGUCUUGCUCUUUAUCAGUGCCAGUUUGUUUUUAUACACCUCCUUAACUUCCCCUUUGUAAGUGCUUUUGGCGAGGACAUUGUGAUGUUUUAUGUAAAUCUUUUGAAGCAUUUCCAUUUGGGUGAAAUAAAUGUACAUGUCCACUUGAAUAUGUUUGAUUGUGACUUCAUCCAAA